AACAUAACCACCACACUUUGAAAUUUAAAUCCUUAGCACCUAGAUUUUUUUAAGUUAUCCAUGGAAGAUUCACAACCACCAUCCGUUGAGAGCUUUUCAUACACUUGGUUAGUAAACCUAAACCCGCCUCUAGAUAGCCCGAACCGGUCCUUUAGACUCUCGUUUGAUGGUGCUUCUUUCAUCGAGAUGGAUCCUAACCUCACACCCUCCAAAAGAUUUCUCGUUCAUCAAGAUUUUGAUUUCAACCCGCCAAACUCCCAAACCCCUAUGAAUACUCUUGUCCACGCCGACAAGCUCAUUUCAAAUGGUAUCCUGCUUCCUUUGAAAUCACGCGUCCCAUCAUCUAUCCCGGUUCCUCCUCCUCCUUUGACCACUCAAGGGGAUAGGCGCUUUCGUAAAAGCCGCUCCAUGUCACUACGCAAGUGUAAUAAGUUACCGAAGAUGAUAAUUCAAAAGUAUAUGGAGUUGGUUAGGCCACUUUGGUGUAGAAUGAGACGAGGAAGGCCCGAUCAUAGUAGUAGAGUAAAAGGAGUGGAGAAUUGGGAAUGUUCAAGUGCUUCCGGUUCUAGGACAAGUGGAGCGGAUAAUCUUCGAAGAUCUUGUGAUUCCGAGAGCUCAAUUCAUGAGGCAGUUGUACAUUGCAAGAAGACCAUUGGUAUGAAUUAGAGCCCCUUAAUUCAUUCUCUACCUACUUACUUAUACUAGUUGUUACUUUGUAAAGUUGUUGAUUUGAUACAUACAAGAAAAGAAAUAUAUAUGUAUUAUGUCGGUCAAGUUUUGUACCCAAAGAGUAACUAAAGACCGAUCACGAGACCUAAAAACUACAAGUUGGUUCUAUUGUGUUGCUUGUGAUUCAUUUUUAUAAAUUCCGACAAACAAAUACAAUAGCUCGUGAUGUGUA